AGGUCAGUAGUGGUCCUAUCCCCCCGGUUAAAUGAGUGCGAAGAAGAGGUUAGCAAGUAUUUGAUAGGUCUUGUAGUGUUUGUAACAAUUACUCUAUUUGGAUCAAAUUAAAGACUCCACAGUUGAACCAGCCACUUUCAUCACAUGCUGUCUUUCUAUUUUUGCGUUCCACGAUGGCACAAUGGGGUGCCAUAUUCUCUAUUGCUGUGGCUCUUGCUGGAGCAACGCUUUUAGCUUCUAUGCACAAGAUUGAUGAAGGACACACUGGAGUGUACUACAGGGGAGGAGCCCUCUUGACCACCACGAGUGGACCUGGUUUCCAUCUUAUGCUUCCAUUCAUCACCUCCUACAAGUCUGUCCAGACGACACUUCAGACAGAUGAGGUAAAAAAUGUCCCCUGUGGCACAAGUGGUGGAGUGAUGAUCUACUUUGAUCGCAUAGAGGUGGUGAACUACCUUGUUCCAUCAGCAGUGUUUGACAUUGUGAAGAAUUUCACUGCAGAUUACGACAAAGCCUUAAUCUUCAACAAGGUUCAUCAUGAACUCAACCAAUUCUGCAGUGUUCACUCUCUGCAGGAGGUCUACAUUGGCCUGUUUGACCAAAUCGAUGAAAACCUGAAACUAACAUUGCAAGAAGAUCUAACAAGCAUGGCACCUGGUCUCAUCAUACAGGCAGUACGAGUCACAAAGCCCAACAUCCCCGAGACCAUUCGCAGAAACUACGAGCUCAUGGAGAGUGAGAAGACAAAACUCCUGAUUACACAGCAGACACAGAAAGUUGUGGAGAAAGAGGCAGAAACGGAAAGGAUCAAAGCUGUAAUUGAGGCUGAAAAAGUGGCCCAAGUGGCAGAAAUCAAGUUUGGACAAAAAGUAAUGGAGAAGGAAACUGAGAAAAAGAUCUCCGAAAUUGAAGAUCAGGCUUUCCUGGCACGGCAGAAGGCCAAAGCAGACGCCGAGUUUUACACAACAUUGAAAGCAGCAGAAGCCAACAAGCUGAAGUUAACACCUGAAUACCUGCAACUGAUGAAGUACAAAUCUAUCGCAGCCAAUAGCAAAAUCUACUUCGGGAACGACAUACCCCAGAUGUUCAUGGACUCUGCUGGCACCCCAUUGAAGGCUUCAGCAGCCAUGGAUCUUGUGGGGGAGCAUAUCUUGAACAUGGAUUAGACAAGAAGGUAAAUGGGGACCUUGCGGUUGGUGGACUAGAUGCUGGAGGGCUAUGACAUGUCACCCUCCAGCCCAUAGACUCCCUGCUGAAUAUCUCUGAAUCACUGCUUUCAAAAACACUGUCAAUGUCUUACUCAGUGUUUAAAACCUCAGCCUAAAAUGUUAAACAACCUCACUUAGGAUAAAGAUGCAAUCCAUUGUAAAAAAAAAAAAAAAAAGGGGGGGGGGGGGUGGGGGGAUUCAAACUUUCAAGUGCAAUGCAUAUGUUUUUAUUCUCAUCAUCCUUAAUUAGUCCCCAAAUCCCUUCACCAACCAGCAUGACUAUCAAUGUAUAGUUUGUUCAUUCCAUAUCUGUUUUAGAAUCCAAACUCGUAAAACAGUUAACGACUAAUUUCAUUUCUCGUUUUCAAAUGAAAAAUCGGAAAACAACGGCCUAUUUUUUUGCUGUUUUGAUUUCGUUUUGAGAUUAAAAAUGGAAUACGAGAGAUGGCGGCGGACGUGUACGUGCUUUAUCUACCAUCAUCUUCCGUCCUAAGUGUGACACACUUUACCUCUUUAAAAAGAGCACAUUUUUUGCCCUAUGGAAACAGCCUUCAAAGUACAAACACGGACCAAAAUAUCACUUUCGACACUUGAGGUUUUAAUUGUUGUAACUGUCAUCAUUUUCACCUUUUUGUCUGGUCGAGUUUAUUACAAUGCACUGAGUGCAUUUAGCACACAGUUUUUUUUUUUUUUUUUUACAUUGUCUCACAGCCACAAUGUACGUUAUCUAGACGUGUAGUGUUUGAGCAGAUGAUAGAAACUACUCAGGAGUUAGGCUUAAAUCACCAUUGUUGAUAUAUAAUUCUAUGCAUACAUGACGGAUCUGUUAAUGGCACACAAAAGUCGUUUUUUUGUUCCAGUUCGGGGGAGAAAAGGGUUUUAUGAUAAAGCAUGACUUUGAAUGUGAGGCUUUAAAUUAUAAAACUUCAGUUCCGCUGAUGGAAUGUUAUGUAUGUAUGUGCUUGUGGGUACAUAUUGUACUGUUUUUUUUUUUUUUUUUACCUUACAAAUUUCGAUCAGGGUUAAAAUUGGAGUGGAUUCAUGAAAAGAUUUAUUGUAGAUAUCUGAAUGGGUCAAGUUGGUAUUUAACUCAUUCACUGCCAUUGUCAGCAACAGUUGCACUGUCCAUUAUAAUGGCAGCGAAUGAGUUAUUGACUAACAAAGGUUACUGUUAUAAUAAAAAGGCAAAGAUAUGUGCACUGAUUUAAAAUGAAAAUAUAAUAUGACAAUAAAGCACUGUGGAUUUA